UUUCUCGUUUGCCCCUUAUAAUAAUCAUCACGAAGCCAGCUCUCUCCUCUACAUGAUACGUACUACUUCUUUCGCCCUUAAUUUUUGCUAUUUAGGAGUAUUAACAAAUCUUAAUUACUCCUUAAUUAUUGAAAGAUUGAAUAUUUAAUCACCUAAAACUGUGGCGGCAUCUGGAGAUUCUGUAAAAGGUGAGUGUGGGGGAAGAAGAAGAAGAUAAAGGUGAGGUCUUUUUUUGGAGAUUGAAUCAAAAGGGGUUGAAAGUUUUUUCAAUGGAAAGCAAUAAUAGAAGCAAGUUUAAGAAAAUUUGUGUUUUCUGUGGAAGCAACCCUGGCCACAGGAAAGUCUUCAGUGAUGCUGCAAUUGAUUUGGGGAAUGAAUUGGUAAGUAGGAAAAUUGACUUGGUCUAUGGUGGUGGAAGUGUUGGAUUGAUGGGGUUGAUUUCCCAGAGAGUCCAUGAGGGAGGUUGCCAUGUCCUUGGGGUCAUCCCGAAAGCUCUUGUGCCUAUUGAGAUAUCAGGUAAAAGUGUUGGUGACGUAAAGAUUGUUUCGGACAUGCAUGAGCGGAAAGCUGAAAUGGCUAGUCAGGCUGAUGCCUUUAUUUCACUUCCAGGUGGAUAUGGAACCAUGGAGGAGACUCUGGAAAUGAUAACAUGGGCACAACUUGGAAUUCACAAAAAACCGGUUGGUUUGCUAAAUGUGGAGGGUUAUUAUAAUUCUUUGCUUACACUAUUUGACAAUGGUGUUGAAGAAGGUUUCAUUAAGCCAGGGGCUCGUGACAUUGUUCUUGCUGCUCCUACAGCCAGAGAGCUUUUAAGCAAGAUGGAGCAAUACACUCCUUCACAUGACCAUGUUGCUCCCCAUGAAAGCUGGCAUAUGGAGGAGUUGGCUUAUCCAAAGGAACAGUCUCCAUGACAAAACACAUCCGCCAGUUAGGCCAAUUUCCACAAUAGAAGUCUGAUAUGAUUCAUCAUCAUUAACUCUUGGAUGAGAAUUUUACUAAGGUGGAGCCACAUAUAAUGCAUCAUUGUAUACUCUUGUCAUUCUUUGUGGUUACAUUUAGUAUGAUCAUUGUUGGUAUUUUGCAUAAGCUAACAUUGAUUUAUAAAUUGGUCAAUGGAUGCACUGUUUUGUGA